AUGAUUUUGAUAAUAAUUUUGUUUAUUUUACGUGCAAUUGUGAUUUCGGCUUAUAACAUUCAUGAGAAACCCUCAUCAAUGUUGCAAGAUUCAACACUUUCCCAUUUUGGAUACAGUAUUGUUCUUCAUGCUCAACAAAAUCCACCUAAAUCAUGGCUGAUUGUCGGAGCGCCAAAGUCGAAAUUAGCAUCAGUAGAAGAACCAGGUCUAGUCUACAGAUACGACUUGCAAUUAGAAAAAUCUCAACCAGUACGCAUCCAACCUAAAGAACUCGUUGAAGAAAGAGGUUUCAUCAGUUCAGUCAAUCAUGACGCACUGAUUAAAAAAGAUUAUGGCUGGUUCGGCGCAUCCAUGGCCAUAGAACCUAAUGCUGAUAUUUUGACAGUCUGCGCUCCGAGGAGCAUGAUAAUUCUUUACACCACCACGACGAGAUUUGAGAGUAUGCAUGGCGUUUGUUAUAGUGGCAAUAUAACUGCAGAUAGACUUGAAUUGGAUGAUAAAAAUCUUGGAGGACAUGAUUUUACAACUGAAUUUUGGUACAAUCCCCUCCACGGAUUCUCGGUGCACUAUCCAACCGCUACAUCAAAUAAAAAUAAUAAAAUGGUCAAGGGAUCACCGAAGGAGGAGUUAGUCGGCAGUGUCUUCAUAAAAGAUCAGAGCGGACCAAUUUAUCUUUCGAGAGCUGAUGAUCGUGCGAUGCUCGGAUACGCCGUUUCCUCUGGAUAUUUCUCCGAUAGAGGAAAAUUAUUGUAUGCUGGAGGUGCCCCUGGAUGGCACUUAAUUGGACGAGUUGCUAUCAUAGAUCCAACCACAAAUCCAGCGACUGUGAUUGCUGAGAUCGAUGGAACAAUGAUUGGAGAAUACUUCGGGGCGAGUUUAACAGCUUGCGAUCUCAACAAUGAUGGACUUGAUGAAAUUAUCGUUGGGGCGCCAUACUGGGGGGAGGAUUAUGGGAGAGUUUAUAUUUACCUUGGGAAUUCACGGCUGAUAUUCGAGAAGGCGGAUGUCAUUCUGAAUGGGCAUAAGGAGCGGGGCCGUUUUGGGUAUUCACUGACCUGUGGAGAUCUGGAUAGGGAUGGAUUUGAUGAUUUAAUUGUGGGCGCUCCUUGGGAAGGCAACGGUGUUGUUUACAUUCACAAUGGUGACUCUUCGUUACAAUCGAAAUUCCAAAUGGAUUCUCAGAAUAUUACAGUAACGUCACCAGCCACAACCUUUGGAUUUUCUCUAGCAAAACCCGUGGAUGUUGAUUUUAAUGGUUUUCCAGACUUGGCGAUUGGUGCCUACAAGUCUAACUAUGCUAUGGUAUUAAAUAGUCGUCCUGUAGUGAAAUCUAAAUUUCGAGCAUUGACAAUUCCCUCUUCUUUGGAUAGAAAUUCUACGUCUUUCAUAAUUGAAGUUUGUGUCAAUCACACAAAAAUCGGUUCACCUAGCCAUGAAAGUUUUGAUUUAAUUAUCAAUAUCGAUGAGAGUUUUAAACGUGUUAACAAAUCUCGUAUACAUUUUUCUCACGUUUCCUGGUCUGGUGACACAGAAGCAACCGUGUGUCUAAAUGAGACUGUCCAUUUAAUGGAAACAAUUACGAAUUAUAUUGACCCAAUUCCUAUAACGGUAGUGCACACUUAUGGAGGCUGGAGAAUUACAGAAGAGGGUGGUAUUGUUGCUUGCAUCCUCUGCCCCAUAGAAUAUGAUGGAUCUUCGGAACCUCAGGAAAUCAAUAUUCCCUUCAACAUUGGUUGUGGAGACGAUCAAAUUUGCACUUCGUUAAUAUCCAUUUCUGGUUCUUUCCAUUACGCAAGCAAUCGAAAAGCUCUUGAAAAUAAUACCUGGAUCAUAGGCUCCAAGGAUAUAAUUUUGCAAGUUAAUGUAUCAAAUGCUAAAGAACCAGCCUAUUCAACGGUAUUGACGUUAAUUCUUCCGAAGAAUACUUUCUUGCGGAGUGUAUUGGACUCUUGUAAAGAGAAAGAGGACAGUGGGAUCACCGAAAUUAUCUGUGAAUUAGAGAAUCCAUUACUCACUGGUCGUCAUAAUACGUUAAUUUUCGAUUUAAACAUGGGUAAAAUCAACAAUGGCUCCCACGCCAAUACCAAUUUGACUUUCAAGGCAACAGUCACAACCCGGAGUCGACAGCAUGGUGAUUCAUCUGUUGAGUUCCUUCUCCUCCUCCGAACUAAUGCGUCACUCACUCUGGAAGGACGUGCAAAUGAGCGGAGCUAUGACGUUCUAUCAGCCGAGGACAGCACUCGAAAUAUUUCAUUCGAGCAUUUGUAUCAAAUUUCGAAAUCUGGAUUCACGCCAGUUUCGACCACUAGGCUGACUGUCAAAGUUCCUUAUCGAGUUGGGGACAUGGAGUUUCUAGCUUUGAUGAAUAAGCCGAUGAUGUUGGCGAUAGGAAGACUUUCUCAAUGCUCCAUCCAAAAUAUUCCUAUUGUACAGGGUGAAGGGGAUAUUGUCAAUGUCAUGGGCUCGGACGAUACGGAAAAAAUCAAGCUAAACGCAAAUAGUAAUCAUUCGCGUUUAAAACGGACCACAGACUCCACCUUACAGCCAUUGCAGAUCCCAGGAAAUGGUAUUUUUUCUAAUAACUCGGGAAGAUUCUCCGCCUCGACCACAUCCGGGUCUAAUUUAAGUACCUUGACCUGCUCUUCUACGAACAUUCAGUGUGGCACAAUUAUUUGUGAUGUUGGUGAUUUGAACGCCGACCGCGAUAGUGCCAGUCUGAGAUUACAAUUCUCCAUGAAUCUCUCGCAAUUAAUGGAAAAUUAUGGAUUCAAUGAUAAUAGUCGAAUUAUAGAGGUCAUCACGGAAGCGUGGGUGGAUUUUCCGGAACCUGUUAAUUGGACAGUUCCAGGGAUAGGAAAUGUCACAAAAGUUACGACAACAUUUAUAAAAAUUGCUCCAACUAGUCGACUCACUGUGUGGAUUAUAGCUGGAUGUAUUCUGCUAGGAUUGUUGGCAUUAUUCCUAAUUGCAAUUGGCUUGAGACUGAUGGGUUUCUUCAAAAGGGAACAGAAGGAGAAGAUGAACGAAAUGAAGGAUAGCGAUGGUCAUAAAGACACCAGACGCCUUUCAAACAGCAAUUUCUGAAAAGCCCCUGUUGUCGUGAUAAAUCAAGUGAUAACUAGUAUUUAUGGAAAGUUAAUUUAUUUCAAUUUAUUGCAUUAUCUUAUUAUUUUAUUAAUUUUUUUUGUAACAUACAAUGUCACCAGCUUGCAAGCAAUUGGUGUCACCGACAGUACAGUGUAUUCAAAUAGACACUCUGUGUUUGCUAUCUUAUCUCCAAAAGUUUUAGGUACAUUUAAAUAAAAAAAAGAAAAAAAAUUGUUGAUGAACACGGACAUACAAACUAAAAUUUCGUACAAUUUUUCAAUUACUUUUCCUACUCAGCACUAAUUAUUUAUCAAAUUGUACCAUCUGAUACUCCACUCCAAUAUUCGAGAACUUAACUCGAAAUUAAUUGAUCAAUCAACUAAUAUUCAGUAAAAACUAGAAAAAUUUGUCAUUAUCUUCUCAAGUAGAUCUCCUCAAAGUUCAAGAAUGGCUUACAUUAUUGAACAACAAUAUAAUAAUUCUUAAGUUAAUUUUAUAUAUUACGAGAGAUUUAAACUAAAAAAAAACAAAGGAAAAAGAACAAAAAACGUAGAUAUGUGAGUUUAGCCAGCUCAACAACAAUACGAUUGUUUCGACGAUAGGAAGAUGUUGUUAGAAACAAAUUCAUUGCCUUCGAAUUACAUCUACUGCUCCUGGUUACCCAGUUUUUUUUUCUACUCCAGCGAGGUCACUCUCUGAUGAUUUCAAAAUUCAAUAACUCGACUGUUGUUCUUGACUUCAGGAAAAUGGCAGACACCUCCAUGUCCCUUAUGCUGGAAGGGAGGCCUCAGACGAAAAAAUGUUCUUGAAGAGCAUUCUUCACCUGGAGAAUGAUGAUUGAGACUCUCACGAUGUCAGAGACCCUGCUCAACUGUCCUCAAUAUGACAAUCACUUCGAGGCGAUUUUACA